GUGGAUGAGCAAUGCAAAAAGCAAGCAUGGAGGGUAGAUGAAGAGGCUGCACCAGUCAAUUUUGCGCUGUAUUAUGAGAGUUUGUGUCCAGGCUGCGAGAACUUCAUCACCACCAUGCUUUUCCCAACUUUCCAGAAAAUUGGAAGCAUCAUGAAUCUUACUUUGGUGCCCUAUGGAAAUGCUAAGGAAAAACAAGUCGGCCACAACUGGGUGUUUGAAUGUCAACAUGGUGAGAACGAGUGUCUGGGAAACAUUAUUGAAACUUGCGCCAUUGCUCUUGUCCAGAAAAUAGAAGUUUACUUUCCCUUCAUCAACUGCAUAGAGGACAGUGACCUUUCACCCUUGUCUGCUGCUAAGCAGUGCGCCCAGCAGUUUCCUGUACCAUUGGACUCCAUUUUGAAUUGCAGCAGAUCCACUGUGGGAAACAAUUUGGAGCACCAGAUGGCCCUACAGACAGAAGCCUUACAGCCUCCUCAUACAUCUGUGCCAUGGGUUACCUUAAACGGAGAACACACUGAGGAGAUAGAGACGGCAGCUGAAACAGAUCUUGUUAAACUUAUCUGUGAUACAUACCAGGGCACCAAGCCUGCAGCAUGUAACCAGAAGCAACCGAGACACACGAAGUUCUAAAGUCUUUGUUUGGUUAACUAAACCAAGUCUUUGUUUGGCUAACUAAACCAAGUCUUUGUGUAGUUAACUAAACCAAGUCUUUGUUUGGCUAACUAAACCAAGUCUUUGUUUGGUUAGCUAAAACAGGUCAUGUUUGGCUAACUAAAUCAAGUCUUUGUUUGCCUAACUAAACAAAGUGUUUGGUUGGAUGACAAUGUGUAAAGAAGUUUUGUCUUUUAUCAUUUUCUUCAAUGCCACUGUCAUCUAGCACCAGUUUUCUCACACACUGUAAGCUAGCACCAAUUUUUUUAUACAUUGUAAACCAGUACUAAUCAUUGAUACACCAAUCACAGACCAUAGCCUUGCAUUGAACUUCAAUACAAAUCCACUUUCUAGUCUAGAAUAAUCAUUUGUAGUUUGGCUUCAAUGUUGAAAUAAAAUGUCACUUAAUUUUUCCUAAGCACAAACGUUAAACCUUCAUUAAAGUACUCAGAACACAGGGCAUAUAUUUAUUUAAAAAAUACUACAAUUAAUCAAAAGAUAUUCAAUAUUUUUGUCUCUUGUAUUUAUGGUAUCAUGCAUAAAAUGUCUGUCAAAUGUUUUUAUUUUAUACUUUGAUGAUACAAGAAUUUUCUCUUAUCUUUUCAUGUGUAGUUUUUUUUGUUCAUUCUGCUAGAAAUAAAGAAUUUUUAUCUGAA